UUUUUUGGGAAAAUCAUUACAAGAAGAACUGAUGGUGCUCUGGGGACAUGACACACCUCUCUAGCCUUAGUGGUUCUUCUCUGAGUCAAAUGAUUUCCCCGAUGAGCCAAGAUGCUUUCUCCUGCAGUUGAACUUCACCCCUUGGCCGAGAAUUGCAUACAGCUCAUGGCCCUCCCCUUCCCACACCCACUUCUCCUAGGUUCCCUUACCCAAAAAUUUCAUCACUUCCCAGAACAGCCAGAACAUUCUUGGAUGUUUCUGCCAGUUAGUGUUUAACCAAAUAACAGUCUCUAAGGGGUAGGUUGGACUAACAGAAGGAUUGAAGCCUGAGACUUAAAAAGACAACUUCUGCAGGGUGAGUCCCUGAGUCCUGGAGGAGAGGGAGAAAGAGAGAGCCAGAGUGGACACAGGAGCAAAACACAAUGGAAUCGACCUUCACCUCCAAGGACACUUAUCUGAGACAUUUUAACCCUCGGGAUUACCUAGAAAAAUAUUACAACUUUGGGUCAAGAAACUCUGCAGAAAAUGAGAUUCUUAGGCAUCUUCUGAAAAAUCUUUUCAAGAUAUUCUGCCUCGAUGGUGUGAAGGGGGACCUCCUGAUCGACAUUGGCUCUGGCCCUACCAUCUACCAGCUCCUCUCUGCUUGUGAAUCCUUCAAGGAGAUCAUUGUCACCGACUACACUGAGCAGAACCUGCAGGAGCUGCAGAAAUGGCUAAAGAAGGAACCAGGGGCCUUUGACUGGUCCCCAGUGGUAACCUACGUGUGCGAGCUCGAAGGGAACAGAAUCAAGGAGCUGGAGAAGGAGGAGAAGUUGAGGCGUGUGGUCACACAGGUGCUCAAGUGUGACGUGACCCAGAGCCGGCCACUGGGCAGCGUCCCCCUGCCCCUAGCCGACUGCCUGCUCAGCACGCUGUGCCUGGAUGCCGCCUGCCCAGACCUCCCUGCCUACUGCACAGCCCUCCGGAACCUCAGCAGCCUGCUAAAGCCGGGGGGCUUCCUGGUGGUGGUGGAUGCCCUGAAGAGCAGCUACUACAUGAUUGGCGAGCAGAAGUUCUCCAGCCUCUGCCUGGGCCGGGAGGCAAUAGAAGCUGCCGUGAGAGAGGCUGGCUUCUCAGUUGAGCAGUUUGAGGUGAUCUCUCGAAGGUAUUCUUCCACCAUGUCCGACAACGAAGGGCUUUUCUCUCUGGUGGGGCGGAAGCUGAGCAAAUCUGUAUGACUCCCGUGAUUGAAAAUAAAGCAGUUAACUUCUUGGUUCUAA